AUGCGCUCCGACGAGCACACGUUCGGCCCCGCCGGAGUGGGGCUGCAGCACCUUCACGGGCACGUCGACAACCCCGACGGAGUGGAGCUGCAGCUCCUUCGCGGGCACUUCUUCUUGGACGACGACGACGGCAGCGCUAGGUUCGCGGACGAGAAAGCCUCGGCAGAGUCAUUGUCGGCGACGGCUCUGGACGCGGCGAAGCGGGCGGCGGUGGGAGUGGGCGCGCGGGUGCUCUUCUACCCGAAGCUGGCCUACAAGCUGGUGGCCGGCCGGCCGGCUCGGGGCAAAGCCUCGGAGGAGUCGUCGUCAUCGUCAUCGUCAUCGGCGACGACUCUAGACGCGGCCAAGCACGCGGCGGUGGGCGUGGGCGCGCGGGCGCUCUUCUACCCGACGCUCGCCUACAGCCUGGCCCGGGACCGCCUCUCGUCCGACUUCCACUGGUGGGACCGCAUCGACGGCACCAACAUCCUGCUCGGCGCCGUCCCGUUCCCGAGCGACGUGCCGGCCCUCCACGCCGACGGCGUCCGCGCCGUCGUCACGCUCACCGAGCCCUACGAGCGGCUCGUGCCCAAGUCACUGUACGUUAAACACAAGAUCGAGAACCUGGUGCUGCCAACCACGGACUACCUCUACGCGCCGUCGCAGAAGGACCUCCGCGAAGCCACGGCGUUCAUCCGCGGCGUCGCGGAGAAAGGGGAAUCGGCGUACGUGCACUGCAAGGCCGGGCGCGCGCGCAGCGCCACGGUGGUGAUGUGCUACCUGGUGAGGUACAAGGGGAUGACGGCGGAGGAGGCGAAAGCACACGUGGAGAGGUGCCGGCCCAGGGUGUCGCUGGCUCCGGCGCAGUGGCAGGCGGUCCAGGACUUCGAGGACUUCUGCCGGCGGCCGGCCGGUGGCUCGGAGUGA